CCUUCUUGCAUUAUUUAGGCUCAACCAACAACUAUCACUGCAUUCAACAACAAGCAUGGCACCGCCAGCAAGUUCGCAUAAACGAAUCAAACAAGUUUCCAUAUCAAAACCCAUCAUGUACGGAAAUGUGGCGACGAAAUUCUCUCCUAUAAACCCGAUGCCGCCGGCAGCACCGAAAGAUCACACCCAUUCGUGGACUGUUUUCGUAAAAGACCCUACGGGAAACGACCUCUCAACGUACAUCAAAAAGGUCAUUUUUAAGCUACAUGAUACAUACCCCAACUCGUCGAGAACGGUCGAGCAGCCUCCAUUUGAAGUCACAGAGACCGGCUGGGGUGAGUUCGAAAUCAUAAUUAAAAUCUUCUUCCACACUGAGGGAGGCGAAAAAAACAUUACCUUAAUCCACCACUUGAAAAUGCAUCCAUACAAUGGUCUGGUGAGUAUGGAUGGCAAGGUAGAGAGUGUGAGGUAUGAUGAGAUUGUGUUUAACGAGCCGACAGAGAAGAUGUUUGCAUUACUUACUAAGCAACCAGGAACGUUAUUAGAUGAUAAGCUGAAAACCAGGGAACGAGAGGAGCUAGAUAGAAUAGCAAAGGCUAUAGACGAUAUAGCGGAAAAGACCAAAACGAGUACCGAGGAGUUUAAAAAGCUGGAUAAAGAAAGGAAAUCAUUGGUUGAAAUGUAAUAUUUUGUUGUUUAUAUAGUUGGUACAGUAUUGUGUAAUGUUUUAAAGUCAAAUA